AAGGAUAUCAAGACUCUCGAACAAACCAAGAUGAUCAUCGAACGGUUACGAGCACCGGACUCUUCAGUCAAUCACAACAGAGCACAUGAAAAGCACGGUGCCGGUACUGGCGAGUGGUUGUACUUUGACCCUCAAUUCCUGCGUUGGAGGUUGAGUUCUAAUGCUUUCAUCUGGCUUUUCGGUCCUUCUGGAUGCGGAAAGACUGUCCUCAGCUCAACAAUAAUCGAAUACCUCAAUGAGCAUGACUCCCGUCCAGUCAUCUUCUUCUAUUUCGACUUCAACGAUCACCACAAACAAACAUUCGAGAACAUGGUCCGGUCUUUCUUGGCCCAACUUUAUCACAAGUCGCCUGUUGCCCGAUCGUUGAUACAGUCUCUGCAUGCUGCGCGUGCAGAUGGAAGCCAGCAACCCAGCGUCGAGCAGAUGGAGAAAACUUUGACGGAUAUACUGGAGCAAGAGGGAGGUUGCAAAGUUGUCAUCGAUGCUCUUGACGAAUCCAAGUGUGUCGAAAGGGUGAUUCGAUGGUGUAAGGAUAUGCACAAUCUCGAAACCAUCAACCUGCGCCUCUUGAUCACGUCUCAGACUCACGUCGUCAAUUGGCAAGAUACGGAGCAGAUCAUGCCGGUCCCGCUUGCGGAUGUCAACCAGGAUAUCAGCAUUCAUGUCCGCGCGAGACUCAAUGACGACGAGUUCAUGAGUCUGCAUGGUAAACCUGAACUCCAGGAUAAAGUAAGGGAGAUGUUGGUCGAGAAGGCCGAUGGGAUGUGA